CUGUGUUUUUUUAGGCGUGAAAAGGUAUAUUCGGCAGGCAAUGAUUCGCUUCUCUGUGUUCAUGACGUUGUCACAAGAGAUCCAAUUCUACGUUUCAAAGCUGAGGAGCCAAUUUAUAAUGUUGCUACAAAUGUACGUGCGUUGGCCAGUUUAUCACUGCGUGAAAAGGUAUAUUCGGCUGGCAAUGAUUCGCUUCUCUGUGUCCAUGACGUUGUCACAAGAGAUCCAAUUCUACGUUUCAAAGCUGAGGAGCCAAUUUAUAAUGUUGCUACAAAUCCAAGAGACGACGCUGUCAUAAUGUCAGCAUCGGAAGACAGAAAAGUUCGUUUGCACGAUCUGCGAUCAAACGAGGAUAUGAUUGCUGUUGAGGGUUCAGAGGAUCAUCUCAGUCACCCAUAG